GUCAUUGGUGAAGUUGCUAAUUUCGGUCCUUCGAAGAGCAGUGUCUUCGCAGUUUGGUAUGGUUGUGAAAUUGGUUCGUUGUCUAUUUGCAUUAUACUGUUUGUCUGGAUAACUUCUGGUGAAAUCACCUCGCUUUCGAAAUGCCGAAGAAUAAGGGAAAGGGAGGUAAAAAUAGGAGGAGAGGAAAGAAUGAAAAUGAGACUGAGAAAAGAGAGCUGGUCUUCAAAGAAGAUGGCCAAGAAUACGCCCAAGUCACAAAAAUGUUGGGUAAUGGCAGGUUGGAAGCUAUGUGUUUUGAUGGAAUAAAGAGACUGUGUCAUAUUCGAGGAAAGUUGAGGAAAAAGGUUUGGAUAAACCAAGGUGAUAUUAUACUCAUUGGAUUGAGAGAUUAUCAGGAUGCCAAAGCUGAUGUGAUCCUGAAAUAUACACCUGAUGAGGCAAGAAACCUGAAAACAUAUGGUGAAUUUCCAGAAACAGUUCGUAUCAAUGACACUGUUACAUUUGUUGAGGAUGGAUUUGAUGAAGAUAUUGAAUUUGGAGAUGAAGUUAGUGAUGAAGGUGAAGCAGACCCAGUUGACGCUAUAUGAUGAUUGAGGAACACCUGGUUCAUAUUUUAUGUGAGAGACCACUUUCAGACAGUGUUGCCAGCCAGUGUCUCUGGUAUCUAAAACAUUUACUAAAAAAAAGGAAAUGACAAAUUAAGUCCUUGCAAUCUCAAUUUUGUGAUUUUUUUUUUUCAGUAUUGCAGAUAUGUAAUUAGCUGUUGUAAUGCUUAAAGAUUUUACUAUGAGGUUUGGAUAGCUCACUGAGAUUUUGAAUUUGCUGGAUUCUGAAGUUUUGCUUGAAACAUUUAAAUUUGCAAUAAAAUUCGUUUUACUGAUGA